AUGAAAUCAAUCAAAUUCACUCCACUAACUGAUGCAGUUAUGCACAGAUUCAAUCUGAACUCUAUUCUUGAAUCCUUAGAGCUUUCAUGUGGUCAACGAUUCGAUUGGACUAUGGAAGAUGCUUAUUGGUUGGUAAGAAGAAAGGACAACAUCACUACUCUCGCUUCACUUGUCUUUGAUCAAAUCUGGAAAUUCUAUUGUAAAUCCUAUUUUGGUGUACUCCUCUCCACGAAAACAACCUACUAUCUAACGAAUCUAUUAUAA